CCAACACUUUCCUACUCAUCUUUCUACACCCCCACACAGUAUACACUCGAAGAGGCCAUUCCAGAAACCCAUUUCUCUUCUUUCUCAAGAUUUAUAAUGAAAAUAUCACUCACUCUCUGCAUUCUCUAGUAAAGAAUCAUCCAUGGCGGAAACCACCGCUACCAAAGAUCAACUUAGCUUAGAAAUUAGGUCUUCCCCUAAAUCCAUCAUCAAAUCAACCAAACAAUGGGAUGAAUCUUUUCAAGAACAAACUAUAUCCUUCUUCAAUUUCUGUUCUCGGAGGAAGAAGAAAUCUAAUACUUGGAUCAUUUCACUCUUUGUUGUUCUUCAUCUGGUGGUUUUUGCUACUACGAUGAUUGUGAAUGAUUGUCCUAGAAAUUCCAGCCAUGGACGUUGUGUUAUUCGAUCUAUUGGUAGGGUUUCUUUUCAGCCUUUAACGGAGAAUCCACUUCUCGGUCCUUCGUCAUCUACGCUGGAUGAGAUGGGUGCUCUUCGUCGGAAGUUAUUGGUGAAACACGAAAUUUGGCGCCUAGUAACAUCUCCAUGGCUGCAUGCAGGGAUGUUCAGCCUGAUUAUAAACCUUUCUGGUGUUAUCUUCAUAGGCCUGCAAUUAGAACGAGAGUUUGGAUCCUUGAGGAUUGGGAUGAUCUACUUAUGCUCAGGUUUUACUGGUAGUUUGGUAUCUGCGCUUUUCGUUCAAGAUAUCCCAGAAGUUGGGUCUUCUGGUGCUUUAUUCGGAUUACUUGGUGCCAUGCUCUCAGGACUUAUCAGGAAUUGGAAAUUUUAUAGUGACAAGUUCACAGCACUGGUAGUACUGUGUUUGGCAGCAACUAUAAAUUUUUCUCUUGGCGUGUUGCCUCACGUGGACAAUUUUUCAAAUGUUGGGGGAUUUGUCUCUGGAUUUCUCCUAGGAUUUGUACUGUUCUUUGACCCUCGUCUUGUGCAAGUGCCUCUAAAUAAAAAAGGUCUAUUUGAAUACAAGGAAAAGAGUUCAAUGAACUUCAAGCAGAAAUUGGAUAAGCCAGUGCUGAGGAGUAUCUCUCUCGUUCUGUUUGCUCUUCUUGUUGCUGGAUCUGUUGUUGCAGUACUACAUGGAGAGAACUUGAAUAACCAAUGUAGCUGGUGCCAUUAUGUUAACUGCAUUCCUUCCAAAAGGUGGAGCUGUAAUGUGAAAGCUUCGCUGCCGUGCGAGGUCAGGAAAACUGCUAACCAAUCGAUUCUGACAUGUAAAAGUAACGGCAAGUACAGAGUGUACACUUUCACAAACUUAUCAGAAGCGAGGAUAAGGGACCUGUGCAGUGAGAUAUGCUACUAAGCCUGCUGAACAUUGUAUGAUAUAUGUUGUCAUGACAGGUGUUAUGCUUUAGAAACUAAAAAAAUGGGUGGGAUUUCUUUUCUUUUUUUGUUUGAAGGGGAAGUGUCACAAUGGUGAGAUCGAUACAUAUAUGCACUACCAUUUGUCAUAAAACAACAUAGGCAAUCCGUGUAGAAAAAAAAAGUUUCGCUUUAAACCUGUAAUAAAUGCAGUUACUGAAAAAGGUUUUUGUUUGUUUGCUUUUGCUCAA